AUUUCUGUAUCAGGUGUCCCUCAUCCAUCAACAAUGAAAUGACUUCAGUCUCUGCACAGAACGCACUGUCCAGAAGAGCCAAGAGCAUUAGAAUAAGUGUUUCCUUUCAUUGUCUUGCCCUUUCCCGUUUGUGGGAGAAGAGCCAUGAAGAACCGUUCCUCCUCUCCCCCUUUGCACGUCCAUGUGGAUGAAAACACCCCUGUCCAUGUCCAUAUUAAAAAGGGUCAGAAAACCACACCUGCACAAUGCCAGCAAAAGCAGAAGCAGAAAGCGAAGGGGGAUACUGUGAACGUGUGUCGAAGUGUCCGAGUGAAAACGAAAGCCCCCUGGGUACCCCCAGGCAAAACAUCUGUCCGGGAGGCCACCUGCAAAUGGGAGGGACCAGCUCACCGCCUAGAAGUUGCACCUCCAGAUUCAGACAAAAUGCCAUCAAUGUUGCACCUGAGCGACCUCUCUGCAGAUGAGGAGGAUGUUGUUUGCUGCAGAAUGAAUGAAUAUGAGAAGAAGAUAGAUAGCCUCAUAAAUGCAGUGGGAAUGAUGAAGGAGGCCAAGCUGCAGGAAAAGGAGGAACACAAGCAACUGACAGAGCGUCUCCUGGAGGAGCAGAAAGAGCAACUAAAUGAAGUCACACAAGAGCUGGUAGAAACAGAGCAUGAGAAUACGCUGCUCAGACGCAGUAUGGAGCGCAUAAGGGAAGAGAAAGACCUGACUAUGCUAGAGAAGAAGUACCUGCAGCAUGAGAAGGAGUGUUUGAUGUCCAAGCUGAGUGAGGCAGAAAGGGAUGCAUCAGCAGCAGCCAGGCAGAUCCGUGCCCUGGAAAAUACAAUUGGGAGACUCAACACUGAGAAGCACAUGAGCAGCUCAGACAUUAACACACUGACAAGGCAAAAAGAACUUCUGCUCCAGAAAUUGACCACCUUUGAAGAAACCAACCAGACCUUACGACAGCUUCUCAAAGAGCAGCACAACAAGGAGAAGGAUGCUCGGAAGUUAAUGGUGCAGCAAAAAAUCCUUCUGAAAAGGCUGGCUGACUCAGAUGCAGAGAAUGUGCAACUUCAGAUGAAGCUUCAGGAGAAAGAAAAAGAAAUGGAGAGUCUUGCCAAUGACAUACAGGCAGGAAAGGACCAGGCAAAGGCAGCAGAGGAGCUCUCCAAAUCUAUGGAGGCUGUGAAAGCCCAUUUACAAGCACAGUUGCGAGGCAAAGAAGCGGAGAACAACCGCCUGACUGUACAGCUACGGAAUCUGGAGCGCGGUGAAGCUCAGCAUAAGGCAGAGGUGGAACGUAUCGUGAAACAGCUGAAAGAAGUAAAGCAGAAGGCAGAUAGUGACAAAGAGGCCCUGAAGAAAGCCCUCCGUGCACAGAAAGAGCGUGCAGAGCGAAGUGAAGAGUAUGUAGAGCAACUGACUGCCCAGCUAACAGAAAAGGAUGGGUAUGUUGCUGAGGCGCUGUCUAGUCUGGAGACCUGGAGGAACCGCCACCAUAGAGCAGUAAAGGACAAGAGUGACCUCGAACUGGAGAUUGUUACACUGACCAGUCGUCUUGCAGACUUGCUGGAAGAGCAGGCAACUCGGGAGGACAAGGUACGGGACGUCAGAGAUGUGGUGCUGGAUAAAGUGCAUCGACAGAGUUCAGAGACCUCCAAUUUAAAAAUGGAGAAUGAAAGACUAAAGGCUAGUGUGGCCCCAAUGGAGGAAAAGCUGAAGCAAGCACAGGCUGAAGUGCAGCAGCUGAGAAUCUCUGUCAAAAACUACGAAGGGAUGAUUGAAAACUACAAAUCACAGAUAUUAAGGACCCAAAUGGAAGCAGAAGAUGCAGCAGCAAAACUGGAGAAGUUUGGUAAAGAGAACAAGGCACUAAAGGAAGAAAAGAAUAACCAGAUGGAUCUGUCAUACAAGCAGCUGCAGAGCAGGCUUGCUGAACUGGAGAAGCUGCCUGAGAUCCUAAAGAUGAAAGAAUCACAAAUAGCAGAAUAUAGAGAGCAACUUCAGAAUUCCGAGAGGAAGAACGUCGACCUGUCUGUCCAGAUUUCAGAUCUUCAGCAGCAGAUUGAGCUCCAGGGGGACAAAAUGGAGAUGACACGGGAGAGGUGUCAUUCUGCCCAGGAGGACAAAAAGCAGCUCACCUUGAAGGUGGAAGAGCUAGAAAGAAAACUAGAGUCAACGAGUGCCCAGAACAUAGAAUUCCUUCAGGUCAUAGCAAAACGGGAGGAGUCGAUCCACCAGUGCCAGCUGCGGCUAGAUGAGAAGACCCGGGAGUGUAGCUCCUUGGCACGUCAGCUGGAGAUGGCCAUUGAGGAUGCCAAAAGACAAGUGGAACAAACCCGAGAACGAGCAAUGGCGAGAGAGAGGGCGGCCCAGUCCAAGAUGUUGGAUUUGGAGACCCAGCUGAGUAGGAAUAAAACGGAAAUGAACCAAUUGCGUCGGAGCAAAGAUGAUGCAGAGCACCGCUAUGAAAGCCAUCUGCAGGAUUUAAAGGAUCGGUUGGAGCAGUCGGAGAGCACCAACCGCAGCAUGCAAAACUAUGUCCAGUUCCUCAAGUCUUCUUAUGCCAAUGUGUUUGGAGAAAGUGCCUUGCUGGGCUCCCUCAGCCACUCUCGUUCUUCUCCAUGAGGGCAAUGCUCUCCUUGCACCUCUGCUUUUAAG